AGAAAUAGCUGCUAAUGCUAUCAAAAGCCAAAUGAUCAGCUCCACUAAGUGAUGAAAAUUGAUGAUUUAUUGAUUUGAUUUCGUCAUCUUAGAUUCAAAAAAAAUGCCGACCGUUGCAUCUUUAUCCUCUUCUCAACACGAAGAUCUUCGAGCCGUUGACCAGGUGAAGUGGGCUCUGAAGCCGUUAUUGGACAGCCCGAUCUAUUCUCAUGAAGGGUUGGCACUUUUGACGAUCUUGAACAAUCCAGGCAAGUCAAGUGCUGAAGUGGAACCCAAAGUCCAGAAUCUACUUCAGAAGGUUCCUCAUCAUAGUUUUUUUUGUGCCUACCAGCCGUCCCAACGAUGACGAAAGUCAGCCAAAGCAAAGGUUUCUUUUGACAAGACAAUUUUGGUCGAACUAGGAUACAACAUUCGUAUAAAAAAAGCUCUAGUCGUACGACGAUUCAUUCUGGAAAUCGGCUCUCAGCUUCGUGUUGUCUGACAUUUUUUACCUGUAGUUCUCUAUCAACCGCAGGUUGCACGGUGUGUCCUAGAACAAGUUUGUAGUCGGUUUCUUGUACGAUGGCGGGCAUUGCACCUUGAGGAACGGCUGAGUCCAGAGAAAACGAAAGCUGCGGACAAGAAAAAGCCGCCAGUUUACACGGGUCUUAACAAUCUCACAGGAGCGUUUAGCGGAACAAGCAGUACGUCAGGACUGCCACCCAACAUAGGAAUAGUUGUCGACCACAGCUCACCAGUGUCGCGGCACGCGAGUGUGGAGCAUUUUAUUUGUACACCGGAAAGAAUAGCGAGUCGAGACGGUCCUUCAGUACCCGUCUCAGACGCAGAAGUGACGGCGAACAGCGGCUCAGCCACUUCGAGUAAGAGUACUGGCAACCUGGUAAGCUGGUCCCAUCAGAACAGCAACCGAAGUGAUCCUGAACCACAAAGACAAGAUAGUAAUCAUCUUGCAAGAACAAGUGCUGAAGAGGUUCACCAUCAUCUUGCGAAUACUCUUCAACAUCUUGGAGGUACGAUACGAGCAAGAAUACCCGCUACGGUUUUCGCUCAAGGAGAUGAACGAGCAGACGGCCCAGAGGAGUUUAGUAUCGCAAGUUGCAAUUCGUCCGGUGCCGUUCCUGACUACCAUCUACAUGAGCACGAGUUCGGAAUAUCUGAGGACGUUGCGCGGGAUAUUAUCGGCGAGUCGCCCGCACAGCGGGCAGGCGCAAAAAUGGAAGACACAGAGGCACAACUGCUGAGUAUGAGCGCUCCAUCUCAUGUCGAAGACGACGAGGAGGAGGACUCACUGCACGACGAGAGUGUGCAUGAGGAAUAUGCAGGAGACGCAGUGGAAGAUUGCGUAGAUAGUAAGGAGCAAGAAUUGUACGACGAGGAGGUGGAGGGUCAGGACUUCAGCAGGAGUUCUCGGCAAGAAGACCCUGAGGACGUGGCAAAUGAUGCCGAGGAUGGGGUAGGAGAUGCAGAAGCUGAGCUGAGUGACAAUGAAGAGGUGCCUCGGCUAGAUCGAAAGUUACCAUACGAGCCUCCGUCACUGCACGAGCAACUACUAGAGCUGCGUCGGCUGAAAUCCUUCGAGACAGCAGCAGGAUCGAAAGAGUCGUCCUCUAUACAGCAACGACAGACAUCGACAUCGACGCCUCCUUUGGACAGUGCUUCUUACCAAAGCCAGGAUGUCGAUGGUAGCCGCGGGAGUGAGAGCUUUUCCUUCUACGUGGAAAACCAGGAAAGUAGCACGGGCGCAAAGAACGCUGGCGGGUCAAGUAGUCAGGACGUAGAGCAUGCCAGAAGAAGAGCUGUGGUUCCGGUCACAGGUUUGUCCUCCCCGCCCUCAUCUGAAGGCGGCGUAGCUGGUUCGUUCGGGACUCAUGGUAGCGCGGGCUACCGUGUGCGGCAGCUGCGGCUUGGCGGUCAGUUAGAAAAUGCUCAAUCCACUUCUCAGGAGGGUACGCCGUUGGUUUCUACAAGUGCUGGCGUUGCACAGAUUUUCUCGAAGCUUCCAGCAAGUAAGGACUCGGCUUGCGAGAGAGUUCCCGAGUGCCUCUACGAUGGUGAGGCACUCUUAUCCCACCUGGAGGAUAACUGCGGUCACAUUUUAGGAGACCUGAAUAGCGAAAAGAAGAAGGAGCCUCGGAAGCUGACCGUGUAUGAAGCAAAAGAGGUCUAUAACAGGCUUUGGCAAACGGCGCAGAAAGAUGUGGCAAAGAAGCACGAGCUGGAAGUACAGCGCCGAGAACGCGAACGUGCUCCAGCGAAGCAGGGAGUCAAUGCACGGGGAGGUGCCGUACCUGUAGCUGGUCAGCGCGCCGCGGAGCGGCUUUAUCGCGAUGCCGGAAGACGCAAGAGAUCGGCAUCCUCACACGAUGUGACAAGCUAUACUUCUGGCGUCCCUGGUCGCGAUAGCGGAUUCGUCGCCCCGUCCGCUGGGAGCACCAGUGCUGGUGCAAGUUUUUCAAUACUUAGUUCGAAACCACGAGCGCAACUCCAAAUUUAGCUGAUUCCAGGAAGUAAUGCUGGGAAACCGGCACAUUCUUACAUUUAGCAUCAUUCCCAUGAAUACUGCAUAUGCAGGUAUUCGGCCUCCAAGCGGCGGCGCCGUUCAGCAGCGCAAAAAAGGUGCUCGAGGACGGAGUCGGUCUGGUUCUCUCGGAAGACGUGUGACGGCGGCUGCUGUCGGGGAGCGUCUAUACCAGCAAGGAUUUGCGUCUCGUGAACGUCGCUCGCAGGUGCAGCAGGAACAAGAGCGCACCAUCAGAGAGCUAGCCAACCGAUCAGCGAGCGCCGGACGAAACAAGGUACUACCAGAUUGUGAUCCAUGAAUGAAAUGCACGUGCACUUCUAGAUUUGUGUACAUUUGAUUUUGAUAUUCUGGCAUGGGUUGUUUGCGUGAAAAUCGAACACGACGACCAUGUUUAUGUUCUGUCAUUUGCAGGAAACACUCGGGAGGCGAGAAGGUGCUCUCGUGUCGAAAAUUGUCGAUCGUGUUUUUGCCAAUGCUAUGGCGCACGAGAAGCUGCGGGCAAAAGCAGAGCUGUCCUUGCUACCUGAGGAGGAAGAUACAACAGCUGCGGAGCGAGGAAAGCAAAGCGGUGGCUCUUCAGUAUCAAAAAGAAAAAUCAUCAAAAUGUUUUUUAAAAUGAGUUGACAGCUUUGUUUCGAGGACAGGCACAAAACCGGCAGGAAAAUGCUGCAAUUUACAUCUUUUUUUAAUGCAGUUUCGUAGAUCGUCUACUUAGUAAUCGAUGGCUUAUCAUACAGAAGGAUAUCAACAUGUAUGAGUAUGACUAAUAUUAGAUAGAGAAAUUUCUGACGAAAUCACACUCAGAAGCAGACAGGCGGUUCUUCACCAGCAUAUGUUACGUGUGAUCAAACGCCAUCAGAUUCGGAUGGUGGGGCAUCGGAGACGAUCCGACGGGGGCCCACGGAAUCAAGCGCGGUAGUAGCGAAGAUAAGAUUCAAUAAAGUGAUCAAACAGGAGUACAUUUCAAAUGUUCAGGAGGAACUAAAGGUAAGUAGACAUUGUCUGCUGUAUUAUCUGCUUCAAUGAUCUUCUGGCAGUCUUCAUUUGCAUAGCACAAUCUAGGUUCGUACGAGUUCUACUAAAUUAUAUAUUUGAAUAGGUUGCCGCAGCCGCACGGGCGCGUUCGCCACCAGUGCUCAGUGGGUAUCGAGCGGUGCCUGCUGGGGGGGCACAGGUUACGACAGCCGAUCAGAACGCGAAAAAGCGAGUGAAGGUCGUUGUGACACCGACGAGUACUUACGGCGGUUCACUGUCCGAGCGGGGGCCGAAAACAAUGUCUGGUUCAGUGGGUGAGGCUGAGUCGACCUCUGCAUCAUCAUGUGCAUCUUUAAAGAGCCAUGUCGUGAGUAGUCCGACACCAGCAGCACAGCGGCCUUACGUCAAUGCUAGUCCAUCACUUGGGAGACCGGUCAUGUCGAUGUCGUCACAACAACCUCGACAACAAGGAACUACGACAAGUGGUGUUGCUAACUCAAUAAAUACAAUGUUGCCGACCAAUCAGACAAGUACUCGCGUUCCUUCAACAGCCUCUAGUUCCACUUCGUCUUCGUCAACGCGACCCAGGCUCUUUUCGUGGCAAGGGACUCCGCCUCGGCAGAUUCAGAUUGCUCCACAGAAGAACUUUCUUCUCUCUCCUGCACCGAUCGCCACUGCAGGCGUAAAAACGGUAACGCUCCCAACAGCAAGUAGUCCAAGCACGACGAGUGCAACCGUAGCAAGUUCAUCUUUUUCUGGAGGUGCAGCACCUGCUCCAGGGCAAGCACAGCGUGCAGCAGUUACUGCAGCUAGCACUACCAGAACCAGAAGUAGUACAAACGGAGGUACUGGAUCAAGUGUUCUGAACACGACUGGCGUUGUUGGCGUUCCCUCAAGUACCAAGACCGCGGUAAUUCUUGAGCAAGAUGACUUUGCUCUAGACUGUGCGACUAGCAUCAACACAAGCAUCAACUCGAAGUCUAACCUUUUUUUCAACAAGCAAGCUAUAAAACACCGACAUCAGCAUGGAGCUCGACCGCCUGCUACCGACGAUUAUCACGGAGGCGGCCCUCCUGUUGAACAGAAGACUUAUUACAUACAACCUGAUCAUUCAUCAUCUUCUACUUCUUCAGGAAGAGGCGGAGAUCGACAAUACGAACAACAAAUGAACUCCGUGCCUGCAUCCGAAUAUUUGGCAACUGCUGGACAUCAGCUUCCUCAUCCGUCUGGACCACUCUCAACACGCCCCAGUCCUCAGCGUCAGCCUGCGGCGCCUCCGUCGAACUACUUCAUGCAGCGGGUCCUGCGACACUGAAAUUUACGAGAACGUGUGUGGUGCAAGUGUGGGCGUAUACGCAAACACGCCUUUCAUGAAGCUCGUAUCUGCACCAUCACACACUCGAAAAAGAUAGACUACACACUCUCGACAUAUUCGAACAACUUAGAACUUUUUUAGGCCCAUUGCGUGAAAUGACAUAACAGAUAGCAAAUAAUUGCGAAGAGUGACAUUUCACCGAUUGUUCCAACUCCAAUUUCACAUCAAUGAAAUAACAACGAAAACGACUAUCUACUUCAUCCUACGGUUUUUCUGAGUUUGUCAUGAAAAAUUUAAUGAACGUGAAUGAAAUUGAAAACCGCUACUCAAAAGAAAAGAAUGCAGGCGCAACAAUUAUAGAAAACAUCUUUGAAAGAAAUAUUCUUAGACUGCGCACAGUAAUGAAAAGAAACGUGCAAAGAUUCUCAAUAUUUUCUUAUGAUCGCUUCAAUAGACCAGUAGUAUCAACGCAACGACUUUCUAGGUAAAGCGUUCACAUCCUUCAUUUUCAUCUACACUUACACAAUUGAUCGUUCCGGAUGCGCUUCGGCAAUAAGUCUCUAUGAGCAUUAUGAGCUCUCGCACAUGACUGUAAGUCAGGCAAAAGAAAACUGGUUUACAAUUGUCUUCAACAAAGACAGGGAAGUCCCAAGCCUUAAGAAGGCGACG